GCUGGUCCCGUAGUCGUAAACGUUUACCUUUUGAAUUGUGUGGCCCAACCAAAUGCCACUUGAACCAUUCAUACACGAUAAGUUUUGUGUAUAGAGGCAACUUGAAAGUUGAACAAUAUAUGAAGCUCUCCGUAAAUUUGGAGGAUUAGUGUUUGUGAUUUGGUUCCUGUGACCUACGUGUGUGUGUGUGUGUGAAUUUAGUGGGGGCUUAAGUCUACCUACCAAGUCUCAACUCUUGUGCAAUUUCAAGAACUGCUCUAUAAUGUUCCAUAAUUUUUUGUUCUAACAAAGUCUUUUUGAGAGAUUAUAUUCUUUCAGCUGCUCAUGUGUUGUUGUGGAGGAACAAGAAGAUCUUGGUGUGUCGGUGUGACCGUUGGAACGGAGGUUAACCGUGGUUUGAUGUUUCUUCAGGACUUGGCUUGUAGAGGGAGUUUGAAACAGUUCCUCAUGGCUGCGAUUGGACUAUGGCUAGCCGCAAUGAUAGGGAGCUGUUGCAACUUCCUAACUGUUUUGUAUAUUGGGUUUGUGGGAGCAGGAGGUGUGUUCGUUUGUAUUUUCCUGUGGAGGAUCAUGUUUGGGAUUGCUAGCACUUUCGUUGGUCUCUCUGAGGGUAUGGCUAAGUACGGCUUCCUUGUUCUCUCCUCUGCUAUUGUCGCAUUUGCUAUCGUUUUCAAAGUCAUUGAAACUUAUGCAAAUAAUAUCCUAACAAGGAAAGGACGGAAGAAGUUUCGGACACUUAUGCAAAUUUGGCUGAAGUUUUCUUGGUUGUGUGUUGGGAAUCACAAAUCCUAACAAGGAAGUCUUUUAUCUUUUUCUGGCAACAAACGGCUUGACAGUUUUGACCAUUUUGUACAUGCACAAACCUGAUUCAUUUUUAUGAUAAAUCACAUACUUAUCAGAAAAUAAAAACUUCAAAGGAAAUCAAAGGUUAUGCACUGGACGUAGUAAAAAGCUAAAUCGUAUACAAACAUAACAAAUCAUCAACCAAAUAUUAGUUGGAUAUCGUGUAACGUUACAAAAGAAUAGUAGUACACAUAAUAAUAAAUUAAUUGUGUCGGUGUGGUUGCAACCACUAGAAGGGCCUUUUGCUUUCUUCUUUUUCAACAACACACAUCUAAAUGAUAUUUCCCCUUCUACGGAGGUUUUUUUUUGAACUGUCCUUCUACGACAUUUUAAAUAAAUGCGUCUACGAGUAAAUAUGAUGGGUUUUAACACAUAAUUAGGAUUAAAAAAAAAAGAAAAUAACUUCAAAUCAUUCACAAAAUCUAUAUAUCCAUAAUACAUCAAUAGCAAAUCCAAAUAUGCAUCUACAAAUACGUAAUCAAACAUUAAAAAGAUUAAAAAAAACGAAAUCAAAUUUCAGUAGAGUCAAACCAAAAUAUUACAAACCUAUAAAUCAGAAAUAUUUUUAGUAAAAUUAAUUGAAGUUUCAAUUAUAUACUAAGAAUAGGUUACCAAUAUAAUACAAGUGAAGUCAGUGUUUAUUAAAAAGUUAAUUUAUCAGCUAAAAUGAUUACUUGUUUCCUAUUUUAUUUAUUUUUUUAAACGAAAUAAACACAAACCUGUGCACUAAAUAUGUAUCAUUAUAAUAUUUUUAAGACAAUUCCCACCAUUUGCCUCUUUUCCAUAUUAUUUUAGACAAACGGUGCGAUUGAUUAUUGAAUAUGGUAGUAAGUAUUUUUUUUGUUUUGUUUUUUCUCUUAUUCUUAAAUAAAAAACUAUUUUUUUUCUUUUUUCUC